AUGAGUCUUAAAUCAGAAAAAGAGUUCCCAAAGGAAGAUGUAGAAGAGGGACUGGACGAGAGGGAGUGGAAAAGCAGAGAGGGGGCAAAAACUGAUGAGCUCAAAAAAGCUACCAUAGAGGAACCUGAACGGAGAUGGAAACCACCACCACCAACAUGGAUUAAAUGUAACACUGAUGGAGCCUGGAAUAAAGAUUCUGGAGAAGGAGGGAUGGGAUGGGUAGCGAAGGACCAUCAGGGAAAUCUAGUGUGGACAGGAGCGAGGAAGCUAUCAAGAUUGAGAUCAGCAUUAGAAGCUGAAGCUGAAGCGCUCAAAUGGGCCAUUCAAACUCUUUCCGGGUUUGGAUAUGCACAAAUGAUUUUUGAGACAGAUUCCCUGGCGCUAAAGAGGCUAAUAAGUGGAGAAGAGACAAUGUCGCUGACUUUAAAACCUCUACUGUAG